GGCUACAAACUUUUCUGUUACUCUGUGGAGUCUGCUGUUCGCCCAACGGUGGAAUGUUCGAAGGGCGUUAAAAGUAGACUUGAAAUAUUUAAUAGUUGGCGGUUUUUAACGACUGCAAACAUUAUUAUCUAAAAAUUCGGUAGAUAUUUCAAGAAACUUGUAAAGGCUGGGAUUGUCUGGCCGAUUGUUUGCGUAUUGCACGGGAGCUAACGAGUAAUUAGCCAAGAAGCUAGCUAGUAAAGCCACGCAAAAAGGAGAGAAAACGCCUGGAGACAUCGCGGACCAAUGCAGGCCAUAAAGUGUGUCGUGGUAGGAGACGGGGCUGUUGGUAAAACAUGCCUGCUGAUCAGCUAUACCACCAAUGCAUUCCCUGGAGAGUACAUCCCCACAGUAUUUGAUAAUUACUCUGCAAAUGUGAUGGUGGAUGGCAAACCAGUCAAUCUGGGUUUAUGGGACACAGCUGGACAGGAAGACUACGACAGGCUCCGUCCUCUCUCCUACCCUCAGACAGUAAGACCUUUUCAAAUUCUCUAUAUGGGGCAAGCUUUUAUCUUAUUCAGGGCAUGGAAGCCAUCUGAUGUGUUUCUGAUCUGCUUCUCCCUCGUGAGUCCUGCCUCUUUUGAAAAUGUUCGUGCAAAGUGGUACCCAGAGGUGAGACAUCAUUGCCCCAACACUCCAAUCAUCCUGGUGGGAACUAAGCUUGAUCUGAGGGAUGACAAGGACACUAUUGAGAAGCUGAAGGAGAAAAAGCUCACUCCUAUCACCUACCCUCAAGGCCUGGCUAUGGCUAAAGAGAUCGGAGCUGUAAAAUAUCUGGAAUGCUCGGCCCUGACACAGCGCGGCCUUAAGACAGUGUUUGACGAGGCGAUUCGAGCUGUUCUCUGCCCACCCCCUGUGAAGAAGAGGAAGAGAAAAUGUUCUCUGCUCUAGACAGCGAGCCAUACCUACAAUCCCAGCUGUAUUUUGAGGGAACGGAAUAAGAUGGAUGGUGCACUUGUUCCCAUUUUCCUCUUUUUUUUUUUUUUCCUUGAUUGACUACAAGUUUAUAUCUUCACACAACUGACCAUCACCUUUUAGAUAUGUAGGAACGGGACAUGAUCACCGCAAUUCCAUAUUUCUUUACACUCACCCAUACUGAUAUUAGGAUUAAUAAUGGUGUUUCAGCAUAUUUUUUGCAAACACUUCCCAAAGUUGUCCUGUAGUUGAAUUUCUUUUCUUUUUCUUUUUUUUUUUUUAAGAGCCCUUGUGGUUUGUUUACAAGUCACUGAGGGGAAAUAACUUGGUCUUGCCAAAUAGCACUACACUAACAUGUACCAGAACAUACACUAGACAUUUCUGUUGAAUUCUUUUAACAUUUGCUGAACAACAGCCCAUGGUUAGCCAAGAUGGAGCUAAAUAUUUGAAGAACGGUCCCUGUAGAGUCUGUCUCCUACCACAAAUCAGUACUUGUUGCUGGCUACGUGUUUAUUACAGUCACUGUCUUGCAUUUCAUACUGUAAAGCAUUAGACCUAAAUAACAGUGCUAGCAUAGCUUCAGUGUUUCUCACGUGCUUCCUAUGAGCACAGUUAUACCUCCUCUCUACAUGAUUAUGCCCAACUUAUUACCUUUAUCCCCUAAAACCCUCUGUAUAUUUUCCUCCCUAAAUGAGUUAAACUGCAAUCUAAAACACUGUAUACUCAUCUAGAUUUGAAACAUCUCAAAAAUAAAACACUAUAUAGGGCUAUCAGAAUCCUUUAAAUUUUAUGCAUUUAUAAUAAAACUUUCAACUUGUAUUAAAUUUUAUUUUUUAAUUUUUUAUAUCAUUUAGGAAAAACAAGGCAACACUACUGUUGGAUUGUGAUGAAAGGAAUUUAAGUCACUUUUUUCCUUUUAUUUCAUUGUAUUCCCAUUAUAGCUAAUUGUAUUUUUUAACUAAACUUUUACUUUGUACACUAACAUUUAACUGUCCCUUCUGUCAUCUGGAUAGUGUGUUUCUCUAACUGAUAAAUGUCAUUCAUAGUGACAUUCAGAGCUUUUUUUUUUUUUUGCAAACGUUCUUUAACUGUCCCAGAAUACACAAGUACACAAUGUGCGUUUGCCAACGCAAGUCUGUGUGCACAAUUUAGAGCCAAUGUUGUAACCCUGUUUUUAGGGAUAUUCAUAAUCACUUGUUUUGCAUAAAUGGUGACAGAAAUAAAGCAGAAUUAAAUGUG